UUCAAGAAGAAUGAGACGUUUAUUCAGGAGAAUUCUUUAAAGCAAAAAAUUUAAGUAUUCUCAAGUGAAACGAGGCUAGUGGAACGUUUAUUAAGCGAGGCGUAGGGAUAUUGUCUGGUUAUUAUCCGUAAAACAGCCACCAAAAAGCGAUGGGGAAGGUACAGGGAUAAAAAAGCAGGUGCCCGUCCAGUAAGAUGUCGUCCCUCUUUCUGCUACUAGAGCUGUUUGUUCUAGUUGCCUUGUUAGAAGGAACAGUCGGGUUGCUGUGUCAUUGCGACAUGUGUAAGGACACAAACUAUACAUGUGUCACAGAUGGGGUUUGUUAUACCUCUGUCCAUCUGUCCACAGGUGGAGAUAUCAAAUAUCAGUACAGCUGUUACGAAAAGAAAAUGCUUCUGCCACUAGGCAAGCCCAUGGUGUGUGAAAAUAAUGAUCAAAUCUUAGACAAGAGCGUCAUACGAUGUUGUAAUGAGUCGGAUAGGUGCAAUUUGCGAAUGGCUCCAACGUUGCAACCCACUUCACCGAUGCCAGACGCUGGCAAAGAUCCUGAUAGCUUCAGCUCUGUGGAGUUGGUGGUGGUGAUAGCAGGACCAGUAUGCUUUGUCUGUGUGUGCCUUAUGAUCACACUGUUAAUCUGCAACCGCCGCCACCCAAACUGUAUGAGGUACCAGCAGCCAGAGCCCGAGAUGGAAACAAUGCUGCCCCCUGGUGACCAGUUGUCAAUCAAAGAAUUGCUGGAUGACUGGACACACUCUGGGUCAGGAUCAGGUUUACCUCUUCUAGUCCAAAGAACCAUAGCACGACAAAUCACCUUACAAGAGAUUAUUGGCAAAGGACGGUUUGGAGAGGUCUGGCGGGGUCGAUGGGGAGGAGAAAAUGUGGCAGUGAAGAUAUUUUCCUCAAGAGAUGAACGCUCUUGGUUUAGAGAAGCAGAAAUUUACCAGACAGUGAUGUUGAGGCAUGAAAACAUUCUGGGUUUUAUAGCAGCUGAUAAUAAAGAUAACGGCACGUGGACUCAGCUCUGGCUUGUGACAGACUACCAUGAGAAUGGUUCAUUAUUUGACUAUCUAAACAGGACAGUAGUUGAUUCCACAGGCAUGAUCAGAUUGUCAUCUUCUAUUGCCAGUGGCCUCUCACAUUUACACAUGGAGAUUGUGGGAACACAAGGGAAACCUGCCAUUGCUCACAGAGAUCUCAAAAGCAAAAAUAUUUUGGUGAAAAGAAAUGCCACAUGUUGUAUAGCAGAUUUAGGUCUUGCUGUGCGCCAUGAUUCUGCCACAGACACAGUGGAUAUAGCUCCCAACAAUAGGGUGGGCACUAAGCGUUACAUGGCACCAGAGGUACUGGAUGAGACUCUCAACAUGAAUCACUUUGAAUCAUUCAAGCGAGCAGACGUCUACUCCCUUGGGUUGGUGCUGUGGGAAAUAGCUAGGAGAUGCUCUGUUGGAGGUAUAUAUGAAGAAUAUCAGCUGCCAUAUUAUGACUUGGUGCCCUCUGAUCCCACUUUGGAUGAGAUGAGGAAAGGCAUUUGUGAGAACAGGAACAGACCAGGCAUACCCAACAGGUGGCAUGGGAAUGAGGCUCUGCGUGUAAUUUCAAAAGUUAUGAAGGAAUGUUGGUAUCACAAUCCUGCAGCCAGAUUGACAGCACUGCGUAUUAAGAAAACUUUGGCUAGUCUAGCAGGACAAGAGGACUUGAAACUGAGGUGUACAUACUAAGUGUAGAUACAAACAGGAAUUAUACUAAUAUGCCACCAGUUGGCAGUUGGGAUUUACUCCCAUGCCACCAGGUGGCAGUAGGAAGUGCAAUGGCAAGAUAAGAUGUGAUCCUCCUUGGGCUUACUACUAUGUAACUUAGUAACAGCCACAUAUUUUUAAAAAUUGAAAAAAAAAUGUUGAGAAUAAUAUAUGUGCUGGUGUUAACCUAGCCUUGCAUUUACUGCAUUGACCAUGGAAACCAAUACUGUUAACACAGUGGAGUUUGUAUUUGGACUUCCUUGGGGCAUUAAAAAGAAGACGACAACAGUCGACAAAGAUGCUGUACA